UUUGAUGCCAUCGCCACACGACGAAUGGAGAAAAAACCCUCCCGGAAUCAGUCGUGUUUUUGCUGUAGAGAGAUUUAGUGUUAACAAAUCGCUGGACUGUUGGUUUAUGAGAGCAGGACCUCCACCUGAGGAAUACAACCGAUUGACAGAGAGACAGGGAGACCGAGAGAGAGAGAGAGCGAGCGAGAGGAAGGACUCCCAAACACACACAAAAACCCACAGUGUUUAGUUUUUGUUAGGUACAGAACCAAGGCCAAAUAUGGGUAACGAGACCUCCCUACCGAUGGACAUGUGCUCCAACUUCGAUGCGGACGAGAUCCGGCGAUUGGGCAAGCGUUUUCGGAAGCUGGAUCUGGACAACUCGGGCGCCUUGAGCAUCGACGAGUUCAUGUCACUGCCGGAGCUGCAGCAGAAUCCGCUGGUGCAGCGCGUCAUCGACAUUUUCGAUGCGGAUGGCAACGGCGAGGUGGACUUCAAGGAGUUCAUCCAGGGCGUCUCACAGUUUAGUGUGCGUGGCGAUAAGCUCUCCAAGCUGCGCUUUGCCUUCCGCAUCUAUGACAUGGACAACGACGGGUACAUCUCCAAUGGUGAGCUCUUCCAGGUGCUCAAGAUGAUGGUCGGCAACAAUCUGAAGGAUACACAGCUGCAGCAGAUCGUCGACAAGACCAUUUGCUUUGCCGACAAGGACGAGGACGGCAAGAUAUCCUUCGAUGAGUUCUGCUCGGUGGUGGGCAACACCGAUAUCCAUAAGAAAAUGGUUGUCGAUGUCUAAAAAGAAAACAAACCAACGGACCGGACCCGAGGGGGAUCCAUUCCACACAUAUAUAUAUAUAUAUAU